ACCGCAGGGCGUGGCCAGAUCUUAAAGGUCCAAGAGCUUAGUAGGCCGGGAGGAGGUUGUACGCGCUCCGGGGACCCCAGAGGAAGUGAUGCCUCAAAGGCACAUGUAAGUUUCUUUACAAACUUGCUAAUGUCCAGGCUCAAGUCUUAGAUCUAUGGAGCCCACCAGAAACUUUCCACUAUUCGGAGGCGCCUUCUCCGCCAUCCUCCCCCCUGGGGCCAUUGAUGUGAGCGACCUCCGACCGGUCCCGGACAACCAAGAAGUUUUCUGCCAUCCCGUGACCGACCAGAGUCUGAUCGUGGAACUUCUGGAGCUGCAGGCCCACGUGCGGGGCGAGGCGGCUGCGCGGUACCAUUUUGAGGACGUUGGCGGAGUGCAGGGGGCUAGGUCCGUGCACGUGUUAACUGUGCAACCUCUCUGUUUGGAGAACAUAUCCCUCAGGGGCUGCUGUCAAGAAGCCUGGUUCCUUUCUGGCAAGCAGCAGGUAGCUAAAGAAAACCAGCAGGUAGCAAAGGAUGUCACACUACAUCAGGCUUUGCUCCGGCUGCCCCAGUAUCAGACUGAUCUCUUGCUCACCUUCAAUCAGCCCCCGUAAGGACGAACUCUACCAGCAGGUCUUUUGGCCCUGAAAAUCUAUCAUGCCCACCUUGGAGCCUGGAUAACUUUGAACAACUGGUGACUAGUUUGACUCUUCAUGACCCCAACAUCUUUGGUCCCCAGUAAAGAUGGUGGGACACAACAUACUGCUGCUGGGGACUCAGGGACCCAGUUUUGAGAGGGGGAGUGUCUACCUCUUCCCUGGACAUAAACGUAACACACCUCCUCUGCAGAAAUAAACUUGCUUUAUAAACA